AGUAGAAUCUAGAGAGACGAAUUUGUGCUUCCUGUGCUUGGCGUCAAUGUGGCAGAAAAUGAAAGGUGUUUAGUUUAGUAUGAAUUUAAACUCCAUUUGUUAUUUUGUAGUUUGCUAGUUAAUUGAUUCAUUUACUAUCUGUUUUCUGAUUAUAGCUAGGUAGCUAGCUCCUGUUUUUAUUUUCCACAAUAACCCCCCUCACACGAAACAUAUCUGAAAAUUCGUAGCUGUGUUCAUAACAACUGUAGAGCUAGCUAGAUAGUUUCUUGAAGGUGGUCGUUUAAAUACAGGACAAUAUGGGGAGGAAGUCAAAUCGUGGGAAGGAGAAAAAGCAGAAACGCCUGGAGGAGCGCGCUGCCAUGGAUGCUGUUUGCGCCAAGGUUGAGGCUGCCAACAAGCUUGAGGAUCCUCUGGCAGCUUUCCCCGUGUUCAAAAAGUAUGACAGAAACGGGUUGAACCUACAGAUUGAGUGCAAGCGGGUGUCAGCCCUAAACCCCAGUACAGUGGAGUGGGCGUACGAGCUGACGAGAGCCAACAUGCAGAUACUCUAUGAGCAGAGCGAGUGGGGCUGGAAGGAAAGGGAGAAGAGGGAGGAGAUGACAGAUGAGAGGGCAUGGUACCUCCUGGUCUGUGAUGCAGACUCCACCCCCAUUGCCUUCUCCCACUUCCGAUUCGACGUGGAGUGUGGGGAGGAGGUGCUCUACUGCUAUGAAGUGCAGUUGGAGAGCAGAGUAAGAAGGAAAGGUCUGGGCAAAUUCCUCAUCCAGAUUCUCCAGCUCAUCGCCAACAGCACACAGAUGAAGAAGGUGAUGUUGACUGUAUUCAAACACAACCGUGGUGCGUACGAGUUCUUCAGGGAGGCCUUACAGUUUCAGAUUGACGACAGUUCGCCCAGCAUGUCGGGCUGUUGCGGGGAUGACUGCUCCUAUGAGAUCCUGAGUCGGCGGACCAAAUUUGGAGAGGCCACGGGGCAUGGGCAUAGCGGGGGCCACUGUGGGGGGUGCUGCCACUGAAGGACAAACGCCCUCCCCACUCCAACACCACAAUCCCAGUCCUGUCCUAGUCCUCUCCAGUCCCUCCACCUCAGUGGCCCUAACCUUUGUCCCACCUGCUGGAAUAUGCACACCAGUCCUUAAACCUCGACCUUGUUUUUCUCACUGCUUUCACAGAAAGCAGACGGCAGUACGUUUCCUGCUGCAAGCCAGCCUGAGCUACAGGUUCUCCCAGACCACCUCUUGUAAAUAGAAGCUCCUCAGUCAAGACCUGGGUUUUCAGAUUUCAGAACGUUUUUCCUAUAGAAAUAGUUUUGUAUUCUUUGCAGUGAUUAAAUCUGGGAAUGGAUCAAACUUCAACUACAGGAGGUUUAUCGCCACUUCUGUGUACACUCCAUUCAGGUUUCUGUAGUGCUUGUAAUAUGAAAAAGGACAUGUUGACUCAUAAUUAUUUUGGUACAUUUUAAGGAUAAAAUACUAAUAUAGAAUUUUGCAUUAUUUACAGCUAGAUGUCACAGUAGUCUGUUGUGUCAGGUCAUUCAACUACAAGAUGUGCGUUUUCUGUCAGAGAAGGAGAUGUGUCAUUUCUGUGGGGUGGAAUUUUAAGGGGGUUGGACAGUGGGGGAAGGGGGUCAGACUAAUAUUUCCUCAAAAUAGAAAUCUUCAUUUAAAAUUGUUGAUAUAUUUUAAAUCUCACCUUGCUUUCAUGGUGAGAUUUAAAAUAGGUGAAAUCUUCCUCCAACCCUCCUCCAUAUCAUAUUUAUAUCUACCAAGUCCUCUGGUCUUCAAUGUAUAUAGUCUAUUCAUUUGAUUUUCUGUUGCAGGCGCAUAACAUGCUAUGGAAAUGUUUAAAGUGACAAAAUGGUGAAGAAAUGAUUGUUGAGGUCUUUGUUUUACCUCUAUUCUUGCUAUAAGGCAGGGAA